CGCAACGACGCAGGCGUGCGUGCGGUGCGCGCUGACGUUGCGCGGCGGCGGCGGCGGCGGCGGACCCUCCGGACCCUCGCUCCGUGCCCCGGGGGGGCCCCUCGGCACCCCCCGCCUGCUCCCCCCCAUGCGCUGCCCAGCCCGGGGGGGCCCCCCCGCCACCUGAGGAGGGGGGGGCAGGUCCCGCUGGGCCCCCUGCCCGAGCGCCGGCCCGGCCAUGAUGUUCCGCGAGCAGGUGGGCAUCGUGGCGGGCUGGUUCCGCGGCUGGAGCGAGUGCGAGCAGACGGUGGCGCUGCUGGCGCUGCUGAAGCGCGUGACGCGCACGCAGGCGCGCUUCCUGCAGCUCUGCCUCGAGCACUCGCUGGCCGACUGCGCCGACAUCCACCUGCUCGAGGCCGAGGCCAACAGCGCCGCUGCCAUCUCGCAGUGGCCCCAGGAGCCCGCCGAGGCGGCCGUGGCCCUGCUGCUGGCCCACCUGCCGCUGCUGCAGCCGGGCAACGCGGCGGCCAAGGCCGAGUACAUGAAGCGGCUGCAGAAGGUGCUGGCCGACGCCAUCGAGAGCAACCGCUGCGUGGAGGAGUCGCGGCAGCUGCUCUCGUACGCGCUCAUCCACCCCGCCACCACGGCCGACGACCGCAGCGCGCUCGCCCUGUGGCUCGGGCACCUGGAGGAGCGCCUGGCCCCGCCCGGGCCGCCGCCCCAGCGCCGCCCCCCGGGCCACGAGUGGCCCCCCGAGCCCCCCGAGCCCGGGGGAGGGUGGGCAGAGCAGCAGCAGCAGCAGCAGCAGCACGGGACGGGGACGGCGCCGCGGGAGAACGGGCACCCUGCGUUCCAGGGGGGCGGAGCCCUGCCGUGCCAGCUGCACCCCAGCCCCCUGAAGCGCUCGCUGGCGCUGGGGCCCGGCAGCCCCCAGAGUGGCCCGGGCGGCGACUGGGCGGGCUCGGGGGGCCCCGAGGAGCCCCCCAGCCCCGCGGGCCCCCACCCCCGCGGGCCCCCGCCCGCCCAGGGCUUCGGGGACCACGCGCCGCUGUCCCCCCAGAGCAGCGUGGCCUCGUCGGGCAGCGAGCACACCGAGGAGCCCGGCGGGCGCAACUCCUUCCAGGAGGACGGCAGCGGCAUGAAGGAUGUCCCCUCGUGGCUGAAGAGCCUGAGGCUGCACAAGUACGCGGCGCUGUUUGCGCAGAUGAGCUACGAGGAGAUGAUGACGCUGACCGAGCACCACCUGGAGUCCCAGAACGUCACCAAGGGCGCCCGGCACAAGAUCGCCCUGAGCAUCCAGAAACUGCGGGAGCGACAGAGCGUGCUCAGGGCCCUGGAGAAGGACAUCCUCGAGGGGGGUAACCUGUGGACGGCGCUGCAGGAGCUGCAGCAGAUGUUGGUGACCCCCAUCAAGGCCUUCCGGCCCCCCCCGCCCCCGGGACCCCCCGACGGGGCCCCACCUGAGCCCCCCCCAGCCGAGGCCGAGCCCCCCGCGGCCCCCGUGCCCGACGGGGACAUCCCGGGGCAGUUCACACGUGUCAUGGGCAAGGUGUGCACCCAGCUGCUGGUGUCGCGCCCGGACGAGGAGAACAUCUCCAGUUACCUCCAGCUGCUCGAGAAGUGCCUGAGCCACGAGGCGUUCACGGAGACGCAGAAGAAGCGGCUCCAGUCCUGGAAGCAGCAGGUGCUGAAGCUGCUCCGCGCCUUCCCCAAGAAGGGGCCCCUGGACGGCCCCCCCGGAUACCGGCCCCCCAAAAGCUGGGCCUUCGGCUCCAACUCUCUCCCCAUAGCUGGCUCUGUGGGGGGGGGCGGCGGGGGGGGGGGCCGCCCCUUCGCGCUGCCCCCCCGGGCCCUGCCCCCCCCCGCCCGCCUGGGGCUGCUGGGACCCCCCGGGGGGGCCCCCGCCCCCAGACCCCCCCUGGGAGCGCCCCCCACCCUCGGCACG